AUGACUCAUAAAAGUGAAGAAUUAUACAAGAAACUGUUUCAAACGCUUGAUGAAUUGACGAAUGAAAAUGAAUUAACAACGAAGCCAGAAUUUGUUUUAACUGAUUUUGAGAAGGAUUCAAUUAAUGGAAUAAAAUUAGAAUUUUCAGGUGCUCAAUAAAUUCUCGAUGCAUUCGAUAGGACCCAAGAUUUACUACCACGUGAUCCUGAACCAAUCAUUGAAUGA